CUCCUCCUCCUCCUCCUCCUCCUCAGUGAGUCUCCGCUGCUGUCUGUUUGUCGGACUCUUCGUGCGGACUCUAAAGGACCAUGUCCCCCUUCAGCAGUAGGACCGGGUCUGCUCCUCUUCAAGGUCUCUCCCUGACAUGAAGGACUGAGUGUGAGGACACAGCGCCCUCUGCUGGACCCUUGCUGAAACCCUGCUGGACCCCUGCUGGACCCCCCGCUGCCCUGCAGGCCAUGGCUGAGCCCAACUACUCCGACCUGAUCGCCAAACACUACAACUACACCGGCAAGUACCGCAAGACGCAGCAGGACGCCGGCCUGAAGGCCGACUCGGUGGUCUUCAUCAUCGUCUGCUGCUUCAUCAUCCUGGAGAACAUCCUGGUCUUGACCACCAUCUGGAGGACCAAGAAGUUCCACAAGCCCAUGUACUACUUCAUCGGGAACCUGGCGCUGUCGGACCUGCUGGCCGGCGUCGUGUACACCGCCAACAUCCUGCUGUCGGGCGCCAACACCUACAAGCUGACGCCCACGCAGUGGUUCAUCAGGGAGGGCAGCAUGUUCGUGGCGCUGGCGGCGUCCGUCUUCAGUCUGCUGGCCAUCGCCAUCGAGCGCCACCUCACCAUGCUGCAGAUGAAGCUGCACAACAACGGCAACACGUGCCGCGUGUUCCUGCUCAUCAGCGCCGUGUGGAUGGUGGCGGCGGUGCUGGGCGGCCUGCCGGUGAUGGGCUGGAACUGCAUCCGCAGCGUGACCCGCUGCUCCACGGUGCUGCCGCUCUACCACAAGACCUACAUCCUCUUCUGCACCACCGUCUUCAGCAUCAUCCUCAUGGCCAUCGUGGUGCUGUACGCGCGGAUCUACGCCCUGGUGCGCGCGCGCAGCCGCCGGCUCGUCUUCCGCAAGCCGACCAACGGCCGCGGCAGCGCCGGCGCCAACAUCAAGAGCUCGGAGAAGUCGAUGGCCCUGCUGAAGACCGUCAUCAUCGUCCUGAGCUGCUUCAUCGCCUGCUGGGCGCCGCUCUUCAUCCUCCUGCUGCUGGACGCCGCCUGCGAGACGCUGAGUUGCCCCAUCCUCUACAAGGCCGAAUGGUUCCUGUCCCUCGCCGUCCUCAACUCCGCCAUGAACCCGCUCAUCUACACGCUGACCAGCAACGAGAUGCGCCGCGCUUUCCUCAAGACGCUGCUGUGCUGCACCGCCUGCCUGCGCCCCAAGGCCAAGUCGAGCGGGCCCAUCAUGGGGGCGGAGUUCAGCCGCAGCAGGUCAGAUAACUCCUCCCACCCCAACAAGGAGGAGGCGGAGUAUUCGCCAAGGGUCACGACCUCGGGCCGCCUCACCUCGUCCUCCUAAAGGGGUCCCAACGUGUCCGACCAGCAAGCAGGUCGUGGACCGGAACCUUCAGCCAAUCAGGACUCGCAAUACUUAUGAGACUCUAAAACCGGUUCGACUUGGGACCAGGGUCCCUCGUGUAGAGAAGCUCUCACCUACAGGGCCAUCAGCUGGAUCACCUCCUGGGGAUCCUGGUGGUUCCGGUUCAGGUGGACCUAAGCUCCUCGUAGCGCCAGAACCAGGCCGUCUGACCCUCUAAGAACAGAUAGAACCUUAAGUAUUUAAACUCCUCUCCCCUCAAAACACUUCAAGGGUCCAGGUGCUUUUCAUGAACUCCUCAACUCCUCCGUUGAUCACGCGACCUCGUCUGGUUUCCGGAGGCGUCUUUCUUCGUGGCCUUCAUCCUCUUCUUCGCUUGUCCUGAGACGAAAUAUCAAACAUCCAAUAAUGUGUUCAAGUCUGUCAACAUCAAACACCAAAACUUUGAUUCAAGAUCUGUUUAGUGAUAAAUAUAUAUAAAGAAGAGAAACGUUGUGUUUCUUCUUCCUCUCUCCUCGAUCAGUGAAACGUGUGUGUUAAUGCCUUAAUAUUAAUAAUAAUAAUUAGUCAUUUGGAUUCAUAUAAAGCUGCGUCCAUGUAAUCAGAUGAAGAAGAGGAGGAGGACCUGGGUCUCAGAGGAGAACCUGAACCUCAAAUUGAUUUAUUUUUUGGACAUUUUUGUAAAGAUUUAACUGUAAACAUUAGAAACUGUUGGUCAGAAUGUAUUUUCUACUUCUUCUACUGUGUGGUUGUUGUUGUUUUUGUUUGUCGUUGUCAUCAGUAGCAUUGUCGAAUUAAUUUAUAUUUGAAAAUCAUUUUGUUUGUCACACAUAUGUUUUGUUUAAUUGAGUCAUGUUUCAGAAGUACGGAAGCUCGUUUCUGUCAAAUAGAAAUUAGCUAAUGAUUUAAGACCAAUAAUAAAAACAUAAUAAAGACAUA